AUGACCACUGAGACCCUCGCGUGCACGUAUGCCGCGCUCAUGCUGAGCGAUGCCGGCCUGCCCACCUCGGCCGAGAACAUCGCCGCGGCAGUGAAGGCUGCCGGCGUGAGUGUACGCCCCACCAUGCCCAUCAUCUUUGCCCGCUUCCUGGAGAAGAAGUCUGUGGAGGCGCUGAUGGCAGCGGCUGCCACGCAAGCCCCGACGGCCACGUCUGCCGCGGCGGCGCCAGCUGCCGGGGAAGCGAGCGGCAAGGCGGAGGAGAAGAAGAAGGAGGAGCCCGAGGAGGAGGGCGAUGACGACAUGGGCUUCGGUCUGUUCGACUAA